GAACUGCGCAAACUAAAAGUUCCUACGAGAACUCAAUAUGAUAUUCAGGGACUCGAAAAGUUAUCUCAAAUCAAAGAAGAUAUUCUCCAAUGUGGACGAGUCGAACAACAAAUAAAUAAAUCUUCAGCAUAUGAAAAUCCAUGGCUUGAAAAGAAGAUGGCUGAUCAAAAAAAUUCACAAUGGCUUGAUUUGAGUGAUGAACACUUGAAUGACCAAGAUAUGAAGAUUUUGGCCGAAAAAUAUCACGAAAUUACGACAUUCACUGAAAUCAAUCUAUCAAAGAAUGAAAUCAGUAGUAAAGGAAUAAAAUAUCUUGUUGAUUUACUACAAAAUAGUAAGGAAUUAUCGGUAUUGCUUCUUGGCAACAAUAUAAUCGGAUUUACAGGCGCACAAUAUCUAUCUCAAGCAUUAGAGAAAAACAAGACACUUACUACACUUGAUCUACAGUCAAAUCGAAUCGGCGAUAAAGGAGUAAAACAUAUUGCGGAUAUAAUGAAUACGAUUACAUCUCUAGAAACAUUAUAUUUACAGCAAAAUCUGAUUGGUACAAAGGGAGUUAAAGAUCUUGCCAAUGCAUUGAAGGAAAACACAAUGCUCAACACUCUGAAUCUUUCUUGGAAUAGAAUCGGAGACGAAGGAAUUGAGUAUAUCGCAGACGCAUUGCGAGAAAACAAGACACUCCUGACACUAGAUCUUCAACAAAACUACAUUGGUUGUUUAGGAGCAAGUCAUAUCGCCGAUGCAUUAAGAAUUAAUACGACACUUACUACACUUUCUCUUCAACAAAAUCAUAUUGGACUUAAAGGUGCAAAAUAUUUAGCUGAUGCUUUGCACGACAACAAAACAUUAACCGUCCUAUCUCUUUCGGGUAACCGAUUUGGACCAAAAGGAGUACGUGAUCUUACUAAUACACUCGAUGCAAAUACAUCAUUAACGAACGUUCUUGUAAAUGGUAUGAACCUUUGCCGAAAUCGACGAACAUGUAAUAUAAAUGUCAAUUGA